UGUACAGAAUAGAUGUCAGACAUAACGUUAGCCGUCUUGUAACUGUCUUUUAUAUGCAAAUAUUGGUAAUGUCAGGUUAUUGUCAUUGUAUGAAAUGUCAGUAAUAAAAUACAUGUAUAAUUGAUUCCAGCUGACGUAGGGUUAAUGUACAGCUAACCAGUAGUUAAACGCGAGUAGCCUGUAAACUUACCUCGAAAUGUGGGUAUUCGGAUACGGGUCUUUGAUUUGGAAAGUUGACUUUCCCUUUGAAGAGAAACGAAUUGGUUUUAUCAGAGGAUUUAGUCGUAGGUUUUGGCAAGGGAGCACUGACCAUCGAGGUGUCCCAGGGAAGCCAGGCCGGGUUGUGACACUAAUAGAAGAUACUGAGGGCUGUGUCUGGGGUGUUGCUUACAAACUUCCCUCAGGCCGAGAACGGGAGGUGAAGGAGUACCUAGACUACCGGGAAAAGGGUGGAUAUCGGGUGAUCAACGUGACGUUCCAUCCCAAAGAGCAAGACAAGGAGCCAAUGCACGACACCCUACUGUACAUCGGCUCCUGUGACAACCCAGACUACCUGGGGCCGGCCCCACUCGAAAUGAUCGCGAGGCAGAUCAUGACCUCCGUGGGACCCAGCGGUCGUAAUACAGAAUACCUGUUCGAGUUGGCCGACGCUCUGCGACAACUUGUACCAGAGGAUCCGGACGAGCACUUGUUCUCCCUGGAGCGACGUGUUCGAGAGUUGUUGGAGGAGACCGUCAACUAACUUGCCGUGAAGUCAAGCCGUCUUAUUACACGAACCCUCAGGGCACAAAAGUGACAAAUGGCCACUGGCUGUGGAUUCUACAGCCGCCGACGCCACUUAGGUUUUACUUAGGGAUACGGUCGAAUUCAGUGAUUUUAAGUUAUAUUUCAACCAUACAUGUCUGGUGAUAUCAGGGACACCUAACCCUAAACAUAUCAGCAACAAACGUCACACAUCUGAUUGGUUCAAAUGCAAAUAGUGGCUUUUGAUUAGGCCUUUUGCAACUGGUGGCUUUUGAUUAGGUCAAUUCCAAGAACACGAUAGGCUACUAUCUUCUAUUACAUUUGUGUGUAAAGAAACAACCAGAUGUUUGAGGUGAAUGUCAAUAUACUUCAUGAAACUCCUAGGGGAGAAUGUGGAUACAUCUACCAAAAUGUGAUAAAGUACACAUUUGCUAGUAAUCCUGUGAGUUUCAAAAUUCUACAAGAACCCUGAAUUCAAAAUGGUUAAUCUAAAAAAAAAAAAAGCUCAACACAUUAUUAACAGUAGCCCAUUUGACCAAUCUUCAGUUUGGAAACAAACAUCCUAUGAUGUACCAAUACUACAGUGCUGGCCAAAAGUAUUGGCACCCAUGCUAAAGUUGACUGAAAAGAGGAAUAUAAAAUCAUCUUUUGGAAAUUGAUCUUAAUGCCUUAAGUGAAAAAUGAGGAAAUAUCUAACC